UUAAAGCUACCACGUUUUUAAAUUUAAAAUAAAUGUUUACAAUAUGAUAUAAUAUAAAUAAAUUUAAAUAUAAUGUCACUGGUUACCAUUGUUGCGUGGUGAUCACAUCAUUACAUUCAUAACACCGUGUGACUUUUUUCCUCACCUAGCAACCAAAAAUGUAUCAAGUAUAAACACUAUGAUGUGAGCUGUCAUGGAUUGAGAGAAAAAAAACAAAUGAAAGAGGUUCAUCAAACUAGCAACAUUUCUAUUGUGUUUGUUUAAAUGUACUUUAGAAAUGUGAAUAUGUUUAAAUCUAAAUAUCAUAGUCUUAUAUUAAAUUACAUGUAAUAAUUGAUUUAUAUACAAAUUCUUCAAAUAUAAAGGAUAGAUUUUUCAAUUGCAAAAGUGAAAAUGUCUGACAAGAAUAAUGCCGAAAAAUUAUCUGAAAUUGAUUCUCAUGUCACUAAGCAUUACAAUAUUAUUCGAAGACUUGGCAAAGGGGCAUAUGGAAUUGUAUGGGAGGCAACUGAAAAGAAAUCAAAAGAGACCGUAGCAGUGAAGAAAAUUUUUGAUGCUUUUAGAAAUCAAACUGAUGCUCAACGAACAUUUCGAGAAAUAAUGUUUCUAUUGUCGUUUUCUAAUCACGAAAAUAUUAUUCAAUUAAUUGGAUUACAUAAAGCUAACAAUGAUCGAGAUAUAUAUUUGGUUUUUGAAUUUAUGGAUACUGAUUUACAUAAAGUUAUAAAAAAAGGUAAUAUUUUGAAAGAUAUCCACAAAGUUUAUAUAAUGUAUCAGCUAUUCAAAGCUAUCAAGUACAUUCAUUCUGGAAAUGUUAUUCAUAGGGAUUUAAAACCAUCAAAUAUACUUCUUAAUACUCAAUGUCACUGCAAAAUUGCUGAUUUCGGACUAGCUCGAUCAGUAUGUCAGCAGAGAUUCAAUGAUAAAGACAGUGAUACUAUGGGUGAUCCUACUUUAACGGAUUAUGUUGCAACAAGAUGGUAUCGAGCUCCAGAGAUAUUAAUAGCAUCAAAAAAAUAUACUAAAGGUAUAGAUAUGUGGUCUUUGGGUUGCAUUCUUGGUGAAAUGUUACUUGAGAGAGCACUAUUUCCGGGUUCUUCUACAAUUAAUCAGAUUGAAAGGAUAAUGGCUACUCUACCACCUCCCACACCAGAAGAUAUAGCUUCAAUAAGUGUUGGAUAUGGUUCGAAUUUAUUAGAAAAAACUCCAAGUGUACCACGAUGUAGCCUACAGGAACUUUUAGUAAAUGUAUCUGAAAGUGCAUUGGAUUUAAUCAGUAGACUUAUUGUCUUCAAUCCCAAUAAUAGACUAACAGCAGUUGAAGCUCUUGAACAUCCUUAUGUUGCUAACUUUCAUUAUCGAGCAUAUGAACCAGAACGUGGCUCCAAUGUAAUACCUCCUUUACGCGAUGAUAUACAGCUGUCUGUUGAAGAAUAUCGUAAUAAACUUUACGCUAUGAUGGAUGAUAAACAUCGAAUAAAUAAAAAUCUGUUAAGAUCUAAGUUUUCGGGGAAGUCAAAAUCUAGAACUGGAAAAUUUUCGGAACACAUUACACGAAGUAUAAAAGAGCCGAGUAAUGUUCAAAAUGUACCAAAGGAUGUGAUGAAAAAAAAAGAUUUACAAUAUCCUAAUGAUGAUAUUCGACAACAAAAUAAAAUUAAUGAUUAUUCAAAACAUCAAUUACGAAUUACUGCUGGAAGAAAUACACUUUGUCAAUACGCCCAUAAUGUCCUGAACAAAAAUUUGAGCAAUUUUCGAUCUAAUUGUACAAAAAGUUGUCAGUGUUUUACUAAUUAUCAACCCCAACAGCAACAUCCAUUAAAUAAGACUCAACGAUCUAUCAAGUCAGAUCAAACAAUAAGGUCUGGAAUAUUUGUCAAAAUGAACAUAAUUAAUCAACCGAAAUUGCGAACCAAUGUUAAAACUUCAAAAUUAAAUAAAAAUUCUACUGGAUCAUCAUUCAAUAAUAUUAUAAAUCAUCAUUCAUUGUCGAAAGUAUUUAGUACUGCCUCAAGUUCAUCGAAUUUGAGUAAUAAAUCUUAUGAAAAAAUGCCAAAUAAUAUUACUAAACAUUUUUUUAACAGUGAUGGAAAUUUUUAUCGAAACUCAAUUGAAUAUCAAAAUCACGUUAUACAAAAUUAUUUAAAUCAAACAAUUCCCAAACCUAAUAAAAUUGUAGGUAAACGUAUUCGUAAUUAAAUAAUU